AUGGUAGCAGAACCGGUGGGAGCAGCGCUCAAUUUUUUACAGAAAAGCUACGAUAAUGUCACUGAUGCCGUGCUGACCCAGCUGUAUAAAGCUGUGGAUCUUGUUUCCCAAUGGACGCCCAAUUUGUUCGGAUCCCAACCACAAAUCGCUGAGAACAACGCCUUCCAGUCGGGUUCGGAGCGCUUAAUUGAUCGGAUACGAGCCCAUAAGUACGCAGUUGCCGUUUUGGGCACGGCUUUGAGCACUGCUGUCGGCAUAGGUGCUUAUUCAUUGUAUCAGUCUAGUGAAUUGGCUGCAAAAAGACGCAGACUUAGCCGCCGCAAACGUAGGGUGCCCAAAUUGGCAAACGGUGCUCGGAAAGAUGUGGUUCUUGUGGUUGGAUCACCGACAGAGCCCUUUACACGCUUGUUGGCGCUUGAUUUCGAGAAGCGUGGCUUCAUAGUUUACUUGACCAUACUAGAUGAUAAGGAUCUUCGGUACACACAGUCUAAUCCAAUUACUGAUGAUAUAAAUUACUUGAACCUUGCCGGAAAUCAGGAUUUGGUGUAUCUGUUGGCUAAAUUCCAUCUGUUACUCCAGACGCCAGUGGUGCCUAUCAAAGGGGCAGAGGAACACCACCUCAAGCUUUCUGCCGUGGUAUUUGCACCCAAUUUGUACUUUCCAUUGGGGCCACUUGAAAACUUCUCUCCCGCUUCGUGGGAUAGAGUCAUGUCUCGGAUGAACCUAUACACUCGACUCCUCACACUGGGCUUCUUGCCGCUCGUGCGGGAUCAACAGAGCAAAGUGAUUGUCAUUGUGCCAAACAUCGUCAAUUCGCUUCUGCUCGCAUACCAUGGGCCCGAGGCAGUAUUCCAAGGUGGUGUCAAAAACUUAUUUGCUGUUCUAUCCAAGGAAUUGGCGCCUCAAGGAGUCUCUGUGUCACAAGUACGUCUCGGGAACCUCCAUCUUUCGGCACAGACAUCUAGGUCUCGAGUCUCGGCUAUGGUAGAAGCAGAGAUCCGGAGCUGGAAUAGUGAACUCCAAGACCUUUAUGGCGCUCAGUUUCUGAAUCAGCAAGCCAAAACUGCACCGGCAUCAUCCAACUUGUCGUCGCUGAAUCUGCUUGCCGGUCUUCACUAUUUGUUAUUCGACAUGAUUUUCCGGGAGGGAUUGAACCCAGCAGUCGUUUACUAUGGAUCAGGCGCUCGUAUGUAUGAGCGUCUUUCUGCGCUUGUACCACAGCUGGUUUUGCGAAUUUUUGUGUAA